AUGCGCGGCCGCGAGCUGCCGCUCGUCCUGCUGGUGCUGGUCCUCUGCCAGGCGCCCCGGGGACCUGCCGCCCCGGUUCCGGUGGCCGGAGAGACUGUGCUGGCCAAGAUGUACCCGCGAGGCAACCACUGGGCGGUGGGGCACUUGAUGGGGAAAAAGAGCACAGCGGAGUCCCCAUAUGUUUACGAGGGAGGGAGCCUGAAGCACCGGCUGCAGGAGUACACUCUGUGGGAAGAGGCUGCAAGGAAUUUGCUAAACCUCAUAGAAGGAAAGGGGGCCAGAAGCCACCAGUCGCCUCAGGGGGCGUUCCUGAGUAUUCUCCAGUCUACUCGGGAUUCCGGGGAUAGCAGCGACUUGAUAGAGUUGCUGAUCUCUCUGCUCCAGGUUCUCAAUGUGAGGGAAGGAAACUCCAGCUGA